AUGUACCUGAGGCAGCAAGGGGGACCCACCCCCCAGGUGGCCGACUGGGUAAGGGGAAUGUAUGGCUGCCGGAAAGCUCUUGUAAACUUCAUGGUUACCUAUCCUUGUGUACCCCAGGUCGACAAUGAUAGCAGCUUUCAGCCCAUACGCCAUGUCUCGUGCUGGUUUAGAGAAGUGGGAGGCCGCUGCCAUGAGAUCAUCCCCCUCCUUUGCUUCUUCUUCUUUGCUUGGAUGGGAUGCGCCAUGGUUGCACAUACUACUGUACCUGGCAACUUUUUGACAUCUCGCCAUCACCCUCUACCUCGGCUGCUUUCUCUUUCUGAUAUAUGUGAAUGCUGCAUGGGUGUCACCAAGUUGACCGACUUGACGCCGGCUUCCGCUCCUGAUCUCCCCACGUGCAUAGUCAUAUGA